AUGGCACUUCCAAACCGUAACCGGCACUGUACCACCGUUGCCCAACUCGUUGAAUUCCUGCGUGGCUUUCCACAAGACGACACCGUUGACGUCCUGUUGAGCAGAAAGGAAGUGAAGAAGUUCCUUCAACCAUUGUUUCGAACAUCGGGGCCGGCCUCCGCUAAAUCGAGGUCAAAUGGCUUUGUGGCAAAUUUAAAACGAAUCCAGCAAAUCAAAGAGUUUAACAUCCCCGAGAGCAUCUCUUCCAGGUUCCAAAUUUGGAAGGAAAGCCCUUCCAGUUUUUGGGAGCAAGCAUACAGGGAAGUGUCAACCCGGUCGGAUCAGUUCAAUGAGACGUCGCAUCGCGAAAAUGUCAUACACGAUUUCCUCACAAGAGCAUUUGAACAAGACACAUGGCUCGAGUUUGGAAUCCUUCAUCACAGAUUUAACGUUGAGAAGUUUCUUGAAGCUGCGUGUGUCGACACAUCAUGCACCCCGAAAUGUGCCAAAAUCAUCCGCGGCGGACGAUAUCGCAAGAAAUUCGGUGAAAAGCUUCAAGACCUCGCGAAGCAGGAUCCUGAGGGUAUUGACUAUGGACCGUUAUUCGUCCUGGACCUUCCCGAUCCAAUCUGGGAUGGUAAAAUCCCAUUUGAUGGAAGGGCGCUUGAUGAGGCGUUAAGCUUGCUGCACCAGGCGGGCAUCUCCGACUGGACGGAAAAGAGCGGCAGCAGGUCAUUGGCAGGCACUUUACUCAAGCAUCAGGACGAUCUUCUCUGGAACUCCAGCCACGGCGCUGGUGUCGCCAACGUGGCGAGACAACAAGGCAAAAUACACCGCAACAGACUGCCCACCAGGGGGAACAAACGGCAAAUAUCGCGAGAGGACGCCUUACAUAGGCACAAACGACCAAGGCUGGAAAUCGCGACUACUGGCUCUCUUAUACGCCCAGAACACGUUCAAGAGACGUCCACGAGAGCGACUAGUCGCGAGGACGCCGGGCCCAGCAGAACAUUGCAAACCUUUGCCCAUACCGGACUCUGUGACGAAUCCGCUCAUACAGAAGCGGAAGACGUGGUUCCUGCGAUCUCAGGUACGUUGUUGAGUGCCGAUCGAGCCCUCAAUACCGACAUUCCUCUAUGGUUCUCGGGCACCGCUGAGGGAGACCCACACGGCAUGGGCAUCAACUCUGCCGAUCUUGAUUCGCUGUGGUCCGGCGGUACGAGUAUACCUUUGGAUUCCGCUGAGCUGGACUCCAUCUGGCCCGGGAAUUUUGAAUAUGGUACCCUUAAUCUGCAGUUCGAUCCUGCUAGACCCCCGACUAGUGCUGCCGAGCACGCCGGUCUGCAAAUAGAUGGAGGUGGGGGGAAUACCUUUACAGGUAGCAUGUUCACCCUUUGA